CCAAGCUCUUUAGUUUCUUUAUAGUUUCUUUUCAGCAGCAGCAUGAAUGGUAUUUACUUAUUCAGCAUCGUUUUGUUUUGCAGUUACGGCCAGUCUCGGUUGUUAUCAAAAGAAAACAGCAAAAGUUGUGGCAUCGACAGCUUGAAGAAAUCACAAGGAGAAGUUUGGACAGAACUCAAGUCAAGCUUCGGGGUUUCGUAUUGCGUAGAAUGUCAAUGCAACUCGCUCGGAAUUGCAGAAUGCAAGCCGUUGUCGUGCCCUGCUACUAAAUGUGAAACUGUAGACUGUUGCUCCUCGUGCACUUCACAUAAUUCGCCACAACCGAAUAAACGAAACCGGAUAAAACCAGAUUCAUCCCGCGCAAACCAGAAUCCUGGUAAUAACGUCGUAGAAGGAGAUUUUGGAAUGUUUUUAGCGGGCUCUGAGAUUUUGUCCAGGAUCCCGAAGAACCAUGGCUGUUUUUACAAGUCAAAGUUCAUAAAAAAUGAAGAAGUUUUUCCGGAUGAAAGUUCGACUGCAUACAAAACUCGAUGCUCACUUUGUGUUUGUAUGGAAGGGGAUAUUUACUGCAGAACUAAAUCCUGCCCACGCCUCAGAUGCCGUCAACCAACCGUAGUAGAUGGAGAUUGCUGUCUUGCUUGUCCGUCUCAAGUCCAAACCACAAGACACAAAGUUACAUCAUCAACAAUCCAGCCUCCAAUAGAGACUCAACUGCCGUGUGUGUCGGGAUCCAAGAGAUAUCAAAGCGAAUCAAAAUGGAAACCUCAAGUGCCAGCAAUGAGUGAAACAUGCGUGGAAUGCGAGUGCAAGAAUGGCAACGUUCGAUGUCGAAUUCCGAAAUGUCCCGAACUAGAAUGCUCAAAUCCGAUUUCUUCCGAAGACAGAUGCUGCAAAGUGUGUCCACCUGCUACGUCACCACUCAGCUCCACAUUGCCACCCAGCGACUGCCAAAGCGGGCUUGAGUUGCUACAGUAUAUCCCAAUACCGGAGAACCCGCAAAAAGAUCGAAUCGACUUCAGUUUUCGAUUGAAUGAAACUUUUUCUGGCAACGUGACGUCACGUCCGGUUGGAAUUGGGAUCGCUGUUAGGCUGCCACAGACGUUUCUUGUGUAUGAGUGGCUGAUUGAUGAAGAAACGAACAAGAGACGUCAAGUUAUGAACAUGCGAGCAGAAACAUUCCAAAAGUUUGAAGUAUCGAAAAAUAAACUGGGCUCCUUCCGUACAGUUGGAUUCGUAACAAAAAAACGACUUGAAAUAUUUCGCCGCAAGGAGACGCGCUGGAGCACGCGGUGUCGGCGGCGUUGUGGCUUUCGUUUGAAACGAAUUCUCAAGGCUUUGGCCUCCAGCAGUAUAUACUGUGCCCAUUGAAACUGCAUUAUAAUAUAUAAGGGUGCUGGCGGGCAUUAGAUGAAGAAGAAACGUCAACGGUUUUGACUCCACGAGAACAGUAUUGGAAGAAGAAGACGAAAACACAACCUUUUUGGGUCUUAUUUUUAUCUCGUAUAUUGCGCUUAUAUAAUAGGUUGGGGUAGGAAUGGUACAUGUUUUCAUCAUUAUUUAUCAUCUUAUUUGGUAUUAAACAAUAAAUAUUUAGAGAAAAACUGUAUUUUCACGAGUCUAAACUAUAACGUUGUUAAUUACUAAAAACACGCUACCAGGAUAUUUCGAUGUUAUGUGUUAAAGGUAUAGCCCAUCUUAUCCCACAGUAAUAUACCGUUUACAAAAGCAAGUUUACUAUAGGCAUUACAAUAACAAAUACACCAGUUUUUGGAUGCAUUG